AUGCACGUAAUUGACGAAGCAACAGGAGACCCCCCAACUCUUUCGACCAGACGUCGAGCCGUAGUGGUUUUCCUCAAAUCGCUAGAUCUGGCUAUGAAUUUGUGUGCUUACCAAGACCGCGGCCGCGUCGAAUCUGGCCAACGCGGCACGUACUUCGCUGGACAGUGUACGGACAGAUUGAGUUCACCAGGCCUGAAGGAGCAUGGCAAGAUUCAAGUCCCCGAACCCCUGAGCUCAGGAGCAGAGUUGCCGGCUAACGAAGUGAAAAAUUCCAGGGUCCGGGGCGCAGAAUUCCAGAGCUUAACAAUGUCGAAGUCAUCCCCCACGCUUUUGCUCUCAUACAGCAUCAGGAGUUUGUGCGAAGAAAAUGGCCGACUGGCGAGAGCGACGGGAGCUGCAGGGGAGGCCUGUCCAUUCAAGUCCUUUGCUAUAGCCCGUCUUGGGACAGCCGUGUCAACCAUUUGGAAGAGAAGCGGCGGCAGGAGACGUAGAGUGGCUCAGAGCGAGGCGUCUUGCAGCCCCUUUCGCUACCUACUCAAGCUCUCCCAGGCUUCACGAGAAUCAUACCUACACAACAGUCUCAGACAUUUGGUGUUGACGUUGUUGCAACUUCGUGUCUUAUUUGGGCAACAAUAUCGGAGGUUCUCAUAUUAUGACGGUGGACGCCCAUAG